UUAUAAACAUCUUCAGUUUCCGGGUAUUGUGUUUUGGCCUUUUGUUAUUUUUACUCAUAAAAUCUCUUGGAAUGACCGUUUAACUAAAAAUUUUCGUUUUAAAGAAUUUUAAUGUAUAGAAUUACAUUGAAAACUCAUCAAACCAGCGGACAUGGGAAAAACCAGCAAACUACAUUGUUAAACCAAGAUGAGUCGUCUAGAUGACUUCAGAGAAGAUUGUUUCAGAGCACACAAUGAAAAAAGACUUCUUCAUGGUGUAUGUGCUUUACGACAUAGUCUUGCCCUAGAUAAAACGGCCCAGGAUUGGGCCGAAGCACUAUUGUCGGAAGAUGGGAUAAAAAAUAGUCCACUUUCUAGUCGAGGUGAAGUUGGUGAAAGUAUCAGUGUACGCACAAGCACAGGAACUCAUGUGGAUAUGCAAGGUCAUGAAGUCGUAAAUACGUGGCAUUCAGAUGCCGAAAAUUACAAUUAUGAAAACGGUAAAGGACCUGCAGGUAAUUUUACACAACUAGUAUGGAGUUCAACUCGUGAAGUUGGCUUCGGUAAGGCCUGUGGUCCUGGAAAAUGUGUCGUUGUAGCUCACUAUCGUCCUCCAGGAAAUGUACUAGGUCGUUACUUAGAGAAUGUUUUUCGUCCAAAAGAAUCAUUGGGGGAGGACGUUAAACAACCAAUACGUAACACGUUUGCUUUAAAUAAUGAUGCUCCAAAGACAGUUAUUACUGAAACACUGACAGAAAGUGAUGGGAAACAGUACAAUGUUCGAAGGGAGAUCUCUGAAUUGACUGAUGAUAAAGGAAAGACAAGGAGAUGUGUCAACGAAGUGUAUACAGAUGCUUGUAAAGAGCAGAAAAAAGUGGAAUCAAGUAUUUCACCAGACGGUCAUUUAGUUGAUAAUAGUAAGAAACUCCAAGAAUCCAUUCACUCAGUUGUUCAACUUCAUAAUCAAUAUCGUAGUCAACAUGGUUCCAAUCCUCUAGUACUUGAUCAAACUCUUUCGAAUAUGGCACAACAAUGGGCUAAUCAUUUGCUUCAACAAUCUCAUUUGUCCAAUAGUGGAUAUGUAUAUCGUGGUAUGAAAGUCGGUGAAAAUUUGGGUAGUCGGUGGUCAAAUGGACCAAUGGAACUUAAUUGUAAAGACCUAAUUGAACAUUGGUAUCAAGAAUCGGAAAAAUAUAAGUUUAACUCUGAGCCAGAUAGUAUCCAGGGUAUAGGUAAUUUUACUCAAAUUGUAUGGUCAAGUUCUGAAAGGAUUGGAGUUGGUAUUGCAAGUCAAUCCUACAAAUCAGGAGAGGACCUGCAUAAAGAUUCGAAACUGAUUUUAGUUUGUUUGUAUCAUCCUCCAGGGAAUGUCACCGGUCAAUUUCAAAAUAAUGUUAAAAAAGCUGUCAAGUAAAAUACAGACGCAUAAUUUGAACAGUUACUGAAACCUUUAAUCAAACGAACAGAUAUAUCCCAUCGCAUGCUGUUAUUCUCCAAACAACUUUUCUGAAUUCAUAAUAUUUUUAUUUUAAAUUAUCAUGUUUAUUCAAGUUAUUUUAUGCACCAUCUAGAUAAUUUUAAUAUUCUUAUUGUUUUUUUCAUUUUAAUCUUAUGUUACUUAGAAUGUAUCAAUAAAUUUUAAAGUUGAUUUUUGAUUACUCUAAACAUUGAAUAUAAGACUCGGUAGCUGAGUGGAUAACGCGAUGGCGUUUGAAGCGAACGCUACUGGGUUUGAGUCCCAAAGUGCACAUCAAAUCAGAUGCAGGUACACCCAGUUGACGAGUCCAAAAUAGGACGAGACGCGCUUUCUCCACCCCACUGCUAGUAAAACAUUGCAUAUUAGAUAAAUUAAUGUACUUGUAACACAAUAAUUCCUCUUUACAUCGAGAUUUCUAGAUAUGACAAAAU